UUUCAGAGCUCUUUGGCAGUAUACAUUUACGCCAAUAUUUCCCACAUCAACGAUACGAAUGAAGUCUGGCGAUAUUUCGGCAUUUCAGGAGAAGUCGUUUGACAGCCUCCCUGGCCCACAGGGAGUGUACAGCAUACCCUUUAUAGGAACGGCCCUUCAUUUUAAGCCUUUCAGUAAGCUGGAUUGUAGCUACAUGUAGAUUUAGGAAGAGAAUUGAUCACCCAUUUAUUCUCGUACAUUUUCAGUUUGAUUGUUGUAAAUUCCUUAUGGUAUUAGGCGCUCCACCAUCAUUUUCGACAGUUUUGUAGCCUUUCGGAAAUAAAUGACAAUAAAAAGUACAUAUGAUUUAUGUUUGUUUUCAGCCGAUCAGCCAUUUGUCACUAUCAACGACUUGUUUCGAUUGCUUCAACAGAAGUAUGGGGAUAUUUACAGAUUUAGAGGUACCUUUCGCUGGGUUGUGGUCGUGUCAAAUCCAGACCUUGCUAAUGAGGUUCUCACCAAACGGGUCAAGUACCCUUUCCGACCGGAAGUGGAAAUUGUGAAAGUGUUCGGGAUUCGGAACAACAUAGAAGAAGGACUGGGCACACUACAAGGAGAAGCAUGGUGGCACCUCCGGAAGCCGGCUCAGGAUCACAUGCUCAAGCCCACUGCCGUUCAGUUAUAUAUUCCUCUAAUAGAACAGGUUGCUGAAGAUUUUGUUGCCACUCUGAGGGGCGUCCCGGUCAUCGAAGACUGUCUCAAAACACUCGUCAGUGUAUCCACGGAAUGUGUGGGAAUGCUUUGUUUCAACCGGCGUCUGGGCUGUCUAGACGGUCAAUCAAUUGUCAAUAUGGAAGAUCUUAAUACCAUCUUUACCUCCACGGCUGAGGCGGGGAGGUUCUUCAAACCCUAUAAAUACUUCAGGACUCCAUUUUACAAGAGGUUUGAGAAGGCUGUACAGAAUCUGCAUAGUAUUACAGACAAGGAGAUAGAGGGCGCUCUGCGGAGACUGAGAGACGGGACCAAUCAAGGCGUGGAUGGGGAUACCUCGGAACCCAAUCUCCUGCUCUCUAUGUUGUCAGACGGUCGCCUAAACAAAGAAAAAAUAAAUGUUCUCAUCACGAACCUGUUUGGUGGGGGGAUCGAUUCGACUUCUAACACACUUGCGUUCCUCUGGCACGAAUUAGCUGUCAACGCAGACAAGCAGGAAAACAUAUACCAAGAAAUCGUGACUACUGUUGGCAAUGGCGAUCUGAACAAAGAGUCGCUAUCUAAAAUGUCCUAUGUAAAGGCAUGCUUAAAAGAAUCUAUGAGGAAGAACUUUCCCAUCAACGUCGGAAGUAUUCGGAUAUUUGACAACGAUUGCUUCGUAUCUGGAUACCAUAUUCCAAAGAAGACGCCGAUUUUGAUAGCAUCAAAUAACAUUAGCAAAGACGCUAGAUUUCACAAACACCCAGACCAAUUCAUCCCAGAGAGGUUCCUCCGGCGGGAAAACACAACGGACGCAGAAGUAAAACAUACUCACCCCUUUGCUUACCUGCCCUUUGGAUUUGGUCCACGAAGCUGCAUAGGACAAAGAUUUGCCGAGACCGAAAUCCUCGUGCUAACGAUUAAGUUGAUCCAGAACUUCCGAAUCUCUCUUCCGCCCGGAAGUGACCGACAUCUGGAGUCUGUGACCCGGACUUUUACCGCCCCGGCCAGGAAAGUAACACUUCAUCUCACGCGGAGGACCGGGACGUAACGCUGUCAUAGAAUGAGUCCGUCAAGUUGGCAACAUCACCAGACAUAUCGUCGCCGUUUCAUACAAGUCGCAACUUUAUCCAAAUGUGUACAUAUAUAUGAAUGUACAUACAUAUAUAUAUGAAUAUAUGUACAGGGAGCUUACAGAUGUCUACUCUCAAUUGACACGUGCUGGUCAAACUUAGUGUGGUUUAAAUAAAUCACAUUUAUCUAUCUAUGAAUACACUUACAUAUGUCGCUAAAAUUAUAGAGCAAUCUAUUCAUUGCAUGUCGACGUCACAACUGUGUUUCAUGCUUGUUGUAACUGUAUUUAGAUAUUCUUGCAUAUCAAUAUUUGUUGAUGCAUUUCCCCACAUAGUAAUUUCCCGUGACGUCAGCUUUUGAGCAGGUAAUACACACCUUGAAGCCCUAAUUGUUAUAAGCAAAAGUUCAGGUACAUGUAUAUGCGGAUUAUCAGCUGAACUUUUAAUGAUAUAACAAAAAAGAUAUUUAAAAAAUCCUAUGAAAAGUGCUGGGAGCAAGUGCAUACUCAAACUAAAACAGCAUAUCGACAGUAUUCUGAGUGAGCGAAUUACCGGAGUUGCCCAUAUUCCUAAAGAAAUCAUACUAUUACUAGCCUGUAUAUUAAAUAAGUCGGAAGUUGGACCCAGAAAUGUACAUGUACGAAUACAUCUAGAAUAUAUAUCCAAAAUUGUUAUAUUACUGGCUAUAGCAGAUACACCUGAACGUACGCACACUGUUUUACAAACGAUGAACUUACUUAUGCAAAUAAGACCAUUUUAAAACGCACCAUACAUGCUGAUUAGGACGAUUUCAAGGUCACAAUAUAACAUGGAUAUUACCUUCGCGCAUGCUCUCUCUCCCUCUAUAUAUAUAUUUCGAAAAUGUGGGACUGAUACAAUAUACGAAAGAGAAAUAAAAUGACAAGUAAUCAUUUGAUAGGAUAUUUAACACAUAUAAGUACUAUGACAUGUCAAACGUUGUGCAAUUUUAAUCUUUUCCAUUUGCAAUGUACAAUUUUUCAUUUGUGUUGUGCAUUUUUCAUUUAUAUUGUAUAAUUAGGUCACCUGAGUACAUUCAGGUGACCUAUUGCAAUUGGUUGUCGUCCAGCAUCGUGCAUUAACAAUUGAACAUUUUUAACUUCUUCUUCAUAACUUCCAUUCCAAUUCUUUUCAAAUUUGAUAUGAAGCAUUUUUAGGAGAAGGGGGACAUAAAUUGUAAAUUUCAGGACUACUGCACCACUGGGGCCUUAGAGGUGGGGCAAAACUAUCAAAUUUUGACCGAUUUUCAAGCAUCUUUUUUUCUACAACCGCACAUGUACAAGAGAAACUAAAUGUAUAGUGAUAUAGAACAGGAAAGCCUCUACCAUAAUUGUAAAUUUCAUGAUACCCGGGGUAGAGGUUGUAACCCCAGGGCGGGACCAAACUUGAUAUAUAGUGUUUAUGUGUAAAACACUUAAAUAACAUCUUCUUUAAAGAUAUUGAUACUAAAUUGAAACUAAAUAGAUAUUUAGAAAGAGCAGGUAAUCCUUUACCAAAUUUGUAAAAUUUGAUGAUCCCAGGGGUAGGGGUUUUGGUGUAAGGGUGGGACCAAGAUGGUCAGUUAUUAAAUGUGUGAACAAUAGAAAUUUUUAACUUCUUGACAACUACCAUUCCAAUUCUUUUCAAAUUUGGUAUGAAACAUUUUUAAGACGAGGGGGACAUAAAUUGUAAAUUUGAGGAUUCCUGCACCCCCGGGGUCUUAGGGGCGGGGCAAAAACUGCCAAAAAUUGACAAUUUUUCAAAAAUCUUUUUCUCUACAACCGCACAUGUACAAGAGAAACUAAAUGUAUAGUGAUAUAGAACAGGAAAGUCUCUACCAUAAUUGUAAAUUUCAUGAUACCCGGGGUAGGGGUUGUAACCCCAGGGCGGGACCAAACUUGAUAUAUAGUGUUUAUGUGUAAAACACUUAAAUAACAUCUUCUUUAGUGCUAUUGAUUCUAAAUUGAAACUUAAUGGAUAUAUUCAUAAAGAGCAGGUAGUCCUUUACCAAAAUUGUGUUUGAUGAUCCUUGGGGUAAGGGUUUGGUUUCAGGGUGGUGCCAAAAUAAUUAUAAUGAUUUGAAGGACUUCUUUACGUUUGCUGAUACUUAUAAAAUCUAAAAGCAUAUUUAGGAAUAGCAGAAAGGGAUUUACAAAAAAAUGGUGAAUUUCGUAACCCCCGGGUUUUGACUCAAGGAUGAUUCCAAAUUAGUCAUCGUUUAAUGUUAAUACAUAUAUUAUAUUAUGUAACGGCUUUGAUCAGUAUAUGCACCUUUUUUGAAGUUUUAAGAACACAUCUUGUUUUAUACUGUUGCUUAAUAUUGGAAUUUAGCUUAGAUAUUCAGAACAGGAAUUUUUUUUCUACAUUUCAUAACCCUUGGAACUAGUGAUACUUUUAACUACAUAUGUAGUACUCAGGUGACCGAUAAAGGCCUGUGGGCCUCUUUGUUUUUCAUUUGUAUUGUAUUUUUUCCCUUUGCGUUGUAUAAUUUUCCUGUUGUAUUCUAUAUGUACAUGUAUUGUUUUCCAUUUGUACAUGUAUAUACAUACGAGUAUAUAUAAUGUAUUCCAUUCAUAUUGUAAAAUUUUUCAAAUGUAAAUGUAUCCGA